UCGAGUGCGUGCUGCUGUUACUUAUGAAGCCACGCCACUGCCUGCCCUGAUUUAUUUACCUCUACUCCAUCGGGGAGAACUGUGAUUUGUCAUGAGGUGAUCUCAAACGGUUUGUGUAACAACGCGAGAUUUUGAGGAGCUCUCUGGCGAUCGGGCCUCGCUCAGGAUUUAUUUACGUUGUGUAGUGUGCUGGCUGCGGUUCUCAGCGUUAUUGUUGGUGUUUAGGUGGCAGCUGCCGUUUGUGGGACAUCGACUACCAAUGCUUGGCUAUGUGCUGUUAUCACUUUGAAGCGGGGUUGCUCGAAGGAGCCAAGUCCAUGGCACAAUGAGUCCUCCAGCUCUUCCCACAGUCUUCUGCUGUUGUCACAGGAAAAUCUGGUUGCAUUCAGCAACAGGACGUGAGCGCAUCUGUUUUCCACCCAAUUAAUUACCCUCCUACGUGGGACGGUAUGGAAGGACAAGCAUAAUGAACAGAUACACCACCCUCAGACAGCUCGGGGAUGGCACGUACGGCUCGGUCAUCCUCGGCCGCAGUCUGGAGUCAGGAGAACUCGUUGCCAUAAAGAAAAUGAAACGGAAGUUCUACUCCUGGGAAGAAUGCAUGAAUCUUCGUGAAGUCAAAUCCCUAAAGAAACUCAACCACGCUAAUGUGAUUAAACUUAAGGAGGUUAUUCGAGAAAACGAUCACUUGUACUUCAUAUUUGAGUACAUGAAGGAAAAUUUGUAUCAACUAAUGAAAGAUAGGGCACGACUGUUCCCUGAAUCUGCUGUAAGAAAUCUAAUGUUUCAGAUACUGCAGGGACUCGCAUUCAUUCAUAAACAUGGCUUUUUUCACAGGGACAUGAAGCCUGAGAAUCUUCUGUGCAUGGGCCCAGAGCUGGUGAAAAUAGCCGACUUUGGACUAGCUCGUGAGAUCAGAUCCCGCCCGCCAUACACGGACUAUGUUUCCACAAGAUGGUACAGAGCUCCAGAGGUGCUCCUCAGAUCCACAUCCUACAGUUCACCCAUAGACCAGUGGGCAGUUGGCUGCAUCAUGGCUGAGCUUUACACCCUUAGGCCUCUUUUCCCAGGAUCCAGUGAAGUAGACACCAUAUUCAAGAUUUGCCAAGUAUUGGGAACACCAAAAAAGACUGAUUGGCCGGAGGGUUACCAGCUUGCAAGUGCCAUGAAUUUCCGUUGGCCUCAGUGUGUUCCCAGUCAUUUGAAGACACUGAUUCCUAAUGCCAGUCCUGAGGCCAUCCAUCUGAUGACAGAUUUGCUUCAGUGGGAUCCAAAGAAGAGGCCAGCUUCUGCACAGGCUCUGAGGUACUCGUACUUCCAUGUGGGUCAGGCUUUGGGCACGCCUCAGCAGAUCCUGGAGCUGGGCAGACCUCAGCCGGGCCUUGCGCCGCCUCAGGCUCCUUUACUGUCACAGCAGACGCUGCAGCAGCCUCUGCUUUUGAAGCCAGUCCCCCCCCCCCAGCCCCCACCUGCCAACCAACACUGCUCCCCAUCCCGACCGCUGCAGCAGAUCCAGCCCUCCCCUGUUUCGGUCACUCCCCAGGCGGCGGCGUACCAGCGGCACACGGAGCUGGUGCGGGCGCAGCAGCAGCCGAAACACAUCCUGCAGCCGGAACACACCGAGAGCCACCUUCCUUACAUCGUUGACAAGAGUCUCCAGAGCAGUGAGUCCGAAAAUGCAAACCUUCUAAGUUAUCAGUUGAAGCCGAAAGGAGGAGGGCGCCGCCGGUGGGGCUAUGGAACAGGACACCUUAAAGGUGACGACUGGGACGACGAAGAGACAGACUUGUCCUCUAUAAGUAUUCUUGGAAAAGGUAACUUCCCCUCCCAGAAGUCGAGGCAGGGGGAGGAUGUUCUGAGCAGGUAUGGGAAUGUUCUGGAUUUUAGCCGACCCAGUGGUAAAGAAGAUGCGCCAUUAAACCUAAACAAGACUGCAGCCUAUCAAGAGCCUUCUAGAACUGCCUCUGCCAAACAACAUUACCUGAGGCAGUCAAGAUAUUUACCUGGCAUUACUACAAAGAAGAAUGUUGCCAUUAAUGCCAGUAAAGACUUUACCGGAAGCCAUUUUUGGGGUAGCAGCAGUAUUCCAUACGGGGGGACCCUGCCCAGCAGAGGAGCUCAUGGUAACAUUCCCAUCAUCUUUGCCACUCAUCGUGUUGCUGUUAAGAAGGUACCAAUACAAUCCCAGGUGGAUACAUGCUAUCUUUUUAUAAGAAAGACAGUGGCUCUGCUGGGCACCGAGGCCAUCAGAAUGUUUCAAUGGAAACAACGGCAUCAAGUAGAUUAUGCAACAUGGCGGUCUGGUCGGAGCCAGAUGAAUGCCUCUGCCAGCAUGCCAAUAUCCAACAAGAGCAGCCCUGGCCUGCUGCCCCGCCCACCGCUACAGAGCAUUCACGGGCGAACUGACUGGUCUGCCAAAUACGGACACCGUUAG